AUGGCUGAUUCACACACAUUCACAAAUGGCAUACAUGGAGAUGACAGCUCCGAAGCCACAAGCCGCGGAUCAGCCCGCCACAACGGCGAGAAGCCGUUCCACAAGGUGUUAAUCAUAGGCGCCGGCCCCGCGGGCCUGCUCCUAGCCAUCCUCCUCGCCCAGAGCGGCAUCCGCUCCACCGUCCUCGAGGCCUGGGACCGGCCAGACGAGCGCCUGCGCGCGACGCAGUACGGCGUGCCCGCCACGCGCGUCUUCCGCCGCGCCGGCCUCCUCGACGACAUCCGCGCCCGCAGCAUCACCAGCUUCCCCUACAUAUGCUGGCGUAGCGUCCGCACAGGCGAGCGCCUCGCCGGCAUCGACCUCUCCGUCGUCGCCGACGAGGAGGACCGCAUGACCGUCCUGCCGCUCAGCCAGAUUCUCGAAAUCAUGCUGCGCCACUGCACGGAGAAGUAUGCUGAGCAUGUAAACGUUCUGUUUAACCACAGGGUGGUCGAUGUUGGGCAGGAUGCGGCUGGUGCGUGGGCGACGGUCGAGGUUGAUGCGCCGGGGGACAUGGAGAAACCGACGACGACGGUCAGGUUCCACGCCGACUACCUUGUUGGCUGUGAUGGCGGCAAGAGCACAGUCCGCCACUGCCUAUUCCAAAGAAACUGGCCAGGAGAGACCUUUGCGAGCCAGUUGCUUGUCCAGAACGUGUACUACAAGGGCUUCGAGGAGCACGGCUGGGAGGGCGGCAACUACAUGAUCGACCCCGAGUUCUGGGGCCUCAUCGCCAAGCGCGGCAAGGGCAGCAACGCUGACGGCCCCCUCUGGCGCGUCACCUACGGCGACUCGGCGACCGACCUCUCCGAGGAGGAGCACCUACGACGCCGGGCCUUGGCCUUCAAGAAGCUGCUGCCGGGCCACCCCGACCCGUCGCAGUACAAGGUCACGCAGACGAACCGCUUCCGCAUCCACAACCGGUGCGUGGACGCGAUGCGCGUGGGGCGCGUGUUCCUCGCGGGAGACGCCGCGCACGUAUGCAACCCGUUUGGCGGCUACGGCUGCAUGGCAGCCGUGCUGGACGUGUCCGGGCUGGCGGACUGCCUGGCGGGCGUGUACGAGGGGAAGGCGGGCGACGAGAUCCUCGAUGCGUAUGCGCGCGUCCGGAGGCAGAAGUUUGUGGACUUUAUUGACAGGCGGUCGCGCAAGAACAUGAACCGCAUUUCCAAGACGGAUGCGGACACGGCGCUCGAGACGGAUCCGUUUCUGGGGCUGCUCAAGGCCAUGGAGGGGGAUGGGGACAGGACCAAGGAGUUUUUGCUGAAGGUCAGCAGCAUCGAGUUUGACUUUACGACGCUGUACAACAAGACGGACGUGGAGGAGUAA